ACAGCUGUUUUCACGUUGCUAAAAUUCUGCGCAAGAUGUUAUCCACGAUUUACGUGCAAGGCAGUGAUGCAAACAAGCCCUCUGGAAAAUAAAGGAAUUGUUGUGUGGCAGCUUUUUGGAUAAGAAAAGACCGCUGUCUCUCUUCGUCCACUAUGCGGAGGCUCAAUGAUACCGACGCCGUGCGCAUAGGUCGCAUGUAAGGGAUAUUUUAUGGAAGGUGGGACGAGGGAGAGGUUGUGAGGCUGGGGAAUAGGGGCAUCAGCUGAGCUGGAGAGAGGAGCGUUAGCAAGCUAGCUAUCGUGACAGUAGCGGGUAUAACGGAACAGUGACUUUUCCACACAAUACAACAACCCGCUGGUUCCGUUCAGCAAUCAUGGCUACUAAUGGUAACAACAACUUAAUGCCUGGGAUGGGGGAGAUCAUCCAGUUGAACGUCGGUGGGACAAGGUUCAGCACCUCCAGACAGACUCUGAUGUGGAUUCCAGACUCUUUCUUCUCAAGUUUGCUGAGUGGAAGGAUAUCCACUCUUCGGGAUGAAACUGGAGCUAUAUUUAUUGACAGAGACCCUACAGCUUUUGCACCAAUUUUGAAUUUCCUCCGAACCAAAGAAUUGGACCUGCGGGGUGUCAACAUCAGCGUCCUACGGCAUGAAGCAGAGUUUUACGGGAUAACUCCUUUAGUGCGGCGCCUGUUGCUGUGUGAGGAACUGGACCGCUCAUCAUGUGGUAGUGUUCUCUUCCAUGGUUACCUGCCUCCCCCAGCCAUCCCCGCCCGUAAAUCAAACCCAGCCUCAGCAGCCUCUGGCGCCUCCUCUGAAGAGCGGCCAGGUCCAAGUGGAGCAGAGGGCUUCACCCGUGUCGGUCCCCCUCCUCACCCUUCUUUCCCUGGCUCACCUGGAACAGAACACAAACUGGGUCCCGUGGUUGACCCAAGGAAGGUGUUGAUUAUAGCAGGGCACCACAACUGGAUUGUAGCAUCUUAUGCACACUUUGUCAUUUGCUACAGGAUAAAGGAAUCUUCUGGAUGGCAGCAGGUGUUUUCCUCCCCCUACCUUGACUGGACCAUUGAACGUGUCGCACUUAAUGCCAAGGUGGUGGGUGGCCCACAUGGAGACAAGGACAAGAUGGUGGCCGCUGCCUCUGAAAGCAGUAUCAUCCUCUGGAGCAUCCAAGAUGGAGGCAGUGGUAAUGAGAUAGGUGUGUUCAGUCUCGGUGUACCUGUUGAUGAUCUCUUCUUCAUCGGGAACCAGCUGGUGGCGACGAGCCACACAGGGAAGGUCGGGGUGUGGAAUGCCGUCACACAACACUGGCAGGUUCAAGAUGUGGUUCCCAUCACCAGCUGUGACACGGCAGGAUCCUUCCUACUGCUGGGCUGCAAUAAUGGUUCUAUCUACUACAUAGACAUGCAAAAGUUUCCGCUGAGGAUGAAGGAUAAUGAUCUUCUUGUGACUGAGCUUUAUCAUGACCCUUCAAACGAUGCCAUCACUGCGCUGUCUGUCUACCUCACACCUAAAACCAGUGUGAGUGGGAACUGGAUAGAGAUAGCCUAUGGGACUAGCAGCGGCGCUGUGAGAGUGAUCGUGCAACACCCGGAGACAGUGGGAUCAGGGCCCCAGCUCUUUCAGACAUUCACUGUGCACAGGAGUCCGGUGACAAAGAUCAUGUUGUCUGAGAAACAUCUGGUAUCAGUGUGUGCAGACAACAACCACGUACGGACGUGGACGGUGACCCGAUUCAGAGGGAUGAUCUCCACCCAGCCAGGCUCCACCCCUCUGGCCUCCUUCAAAAUCCUGUCCCUGGAGGAGACGGAGAGCCACGGGAGCUACUGCUCUGGGAAUGAUAUCGGUCCAUUUGGAGAAAGAGACGAUCAGCAGGUUUUCAUCCAGAAGGUCAUCCCUAUCACCAACAAACUGUUUGUGAGGCUCUCAUCAACUGGAAAAAGGAUCUGUGAGGUGCAGUCAGUGGACGGGACCACCAUCUCUUGCUUCAUGGUUCGUGAGUGUGAAGGUUCCAGUCGGAUGGGGUCACGACCUCGGCGCUAUCUGUUCACUGGUCAUGGCAAUGGCAGCAUCCAAAUGUGGGACCUGACCACUGCGAUGGACACCGCUAACAAAGGAGAGGAGAAGAAGAAAGAGGAUGUAGGUGGGCCUACAGAGGAGGAGCUGCUGCAGCUGUUGGAUCAAUGUGACCUGAGCACCUCCCGCUGUGCUACACCAAAUAUUAGCCCUGCCCCCUCUGUGCUGCACCACACACGCCUGCGAGAGUCCUGCUCAAGUCUGCAGUUACAGGCCCCGGAGCCCAUUCCUGAGAGCCAGGCUACUUAUGGGGCUGUGCGACCCUACAGAGAGAGCCCCCUACUGGCCCGUGCUCGGCGAACUGAGUCCUUCCACAGCUACCGAGACUUUCAGAACUUUAGCCUGAGUCGAGGUGUCUUGGACAGCACGGGUCAAAUUUCCAUCCAGGGCCCCAGCCAGGUUCCAGAUGCCCGCCGUUCACUUUGUGACUUUGGACCUGAGGACGUUGACAGGAGAUCCUCUGCAAUGGAGCUCUGGGCCUGCCGAACCACUGGUGCAAACUCUAACAUAAAUGUCACGGGUUUGACUGCUGCUUGUCUUUCUGGGGCGAAGGCAGAAGGCAGUCAAGAAACUCCACGGCAACCUCCAGACAGCCCGAUUCUGGGGGCUGACGUUAGGCGAAAGGUGCACCCACAAGAGGAGGGAGAAGGUGUGGGAUCCGGGGGAGAUGGGGCAAAGGCAGAGGGAGGUGUGAAGAAAAGGGGAGUACUAGAAGGAGGCUUUUUAGGGAGGAAGAGGGCUCCCCCAGUUCCUCACCUGUCCUCCCUCCCUUCCAGUUCUGAAGGUGGUGGCAGUGACUCAUCUGCAAAUGCUUCCCCUUCCCCAACCAAACUAGCCUCCUCCACCUCGCCGCGACACAGGAAGCCGGCCCCAGAGCCAUCCAAUCAGGACAGCAGCCUGUGAAAACGCAUCUGCCCACCACCCAUUUGUUUUGAUCCCACGCAGUGGAAUCAUUUCAUAGAGGCAUCCUGUUGGUGCAUGAAGGACCUGUUGUGUCAGAUUCAGGAUUUAAAUAGGUAAAGGUUUCUUUUGGGAGCCCACAGAUAAUGAGUCUGUGUCUCAGCACAGAACUUUCACUACGUUUGCUCCCAAGGCUGAAAAACUUUUAUUUAAACUUUACACCUUUCAUUUAAGUCAGUGGAACUUUUCAUAGUUUUGAGUACAAAACCUGACAAGAGGAAGCAGUUACAGCGCUAGCAUCAUGACAUCUCAACCAGAGCAGGAAUGCAUCCUCUUUAUGAUCAUUCUUGUAAAAUGGACCAGGGCUCCUACUAUCUCCAUUUGCUUUUGGUGACUGGUGAUGAGGUUAACACUUUGAGGCAUGGGGCUGAAAGUAAUUUCCCAGCUCAGUGCUGAAGAACUGCUGUAAUUGUUUUUUCUUUCUGUGUUGUUGUUCACUCGACAGCUUAGCAUACAGUAACUACAGGAACAGGCAAGUCUGUUGGCUCUGGUAUGGUCAAGGGUGUGUUGCUGCCUGUUUGGUUUGAAGCACAAUCAAGUGUUAAUCCACAGAUAAGACUGAAUUCAUUAAAUCAUCAAGGCUCAUUAAAUUAAAAAAAAAAGAUAGCACAGUACUAGUAAUAGAAUGGGGGGUUUCUAAUAUUUGAAUAAUGUGUUAUUCAGCUUGUGAAAGCCUUAAACAGCCACAAAAUAGAAUUGACAGAGGCACACACCCCGUUAAUUUAUCAGAUUUUUAAGGUGUUUUUACUGACUUGUAGUCUGGUAGGAAUUACUAUGUUCAGAAUUUGACCUAAACCGUUUAAGCGUAAAAACAAAAUAUCCAGAUUUAAAUGGAAGUCACGUUUCUUAAGAUCUUCAACUAACAAUUAAAUCUAAUUUACAAUUAUGUAAAACAGAAAAAAAAAAACAAUUAACUAAACAAAAUUUUCAGCACUUCCACGUAGAUUUGUCAAAAGGAUCAGAUCUCUUUCAGAGACAGAACUCAUGAUGAUAUCAAGCAUCUCUGACAACGUGCAAAUUUGUCUCACAGUGGAUUUUUUCUUACCUUAAACACAUUACCUUUGACAGAGGCUUGGCAGCUACUUGAAUCCCAAAAUGUCACAAAAAUACUUUGCUGUGGCCAGAGAAGCAACGGGUAUUGUUGUUAAACCAAUGACACUAAAAAUUGACAGACAGUAAGCAGUAAAGUCAUGUUGCAGCUCCAGCAUACAGUCAAACUUUGUUGUUUGACAGCUCUAUGAGAACUAUACGACCGUGGAGUUGUGAAGCACAACAGCUAAAACAGACACUGUGGUUUUCACUUGAAGUCUUCAUGAACGCCACAUAGAGAGACAUGUAACACAUGAGUGACAGCUUGAAAAAACAAUGAAUACUCAAGUGAACAGGUGGCUGCUUUUCACUGCAACUGGUUGUUUAAUAUUUUGCUUUUUUAUUUACAGGCCAAUUGAAUUCUUAAUUUAUUUUUAGCAUAAUUAAAAAACUGGCAAAAAAUGUAAAAAGAACAAACAAACAAAAAACUGCAUUCCAAUGCAGCAAUUUUGAGGGAUUUUCAUUCAACAUUUGUAAAUGAGAAUUUGAAAACAAUUUGGUGGCACACAGCUGGAACCUUCAGUUUAAGGGACGGACUUGUUUUGUUUGUUUUUUUUGUAGAUGUAUCCUUUAUCGGUUAAGAUAUCACACUCACACUAACAGUGACAGCAUAACACCUUUAGCUACAUAUUAUAUAGGAACAAAAUAUGUUUUUAAUGCUUUAUGGUUUACUUAUUCAUAUCUAAACAGAGAGAAAUCAUUUGGCACAUGUUUUACUGCUCUUCAGUCAGUUAGAAAAAUCUCACAUCUGUGCUCAUAGUUCACAAAUAAGAAAACUAGUUGUGUUCCUGUUUAUAUUCAGUCUGUUUCUUCACGGUGGUGCCUGUGCAAGAUCACACUAAUUAUUAUUAUUUAUAUUUUAUUUUUUUAAAGCAUCACAAUAUAACUACACUCAACUCAAUAGAAGGACCUACACUACUUCACUUUACUCCCUUUGAAACAGGUGGUGAUGUGUCUUAUCUUGUUUUGGAUGACUGUUGCAGUGCCUUAUUUAAAAUUGUUUGACGGUUAUCAGCCUGUUUGUGUGUUUUAGUUGAAAAAAAUUCUGACCAAAGGCUUGUGAAGGUGGAGCUCACUGUGGAGCCACAUAACGGACCUGUCCACUCUGGCUUUGGCUAGAAUUGCCUAAUGGUAGAUUCACACCAGGCCAAAUUAGAUUUUAUGACUGUGUAUGGUAAAUCAUUGAUGUAUGGUCAUUUGAAUUGAUAGGCAUUAGAUAUCUCUUGUAAAUAAUCCUGAAGUAGACUAUAACUGGAAAGUCCAUCUCAUUUCCCAACAUCAGAGGAACUUUGAUCACUAGCUUGUUCUUAUGAAGGUAAAACAUGAGUAUACGUUCUGUAGGAGACAAAAGCAAGGCACCUUGGUUGUGUAAUAGUGGGCCUAAGAGGACUGGAUAGCCUAAAGUAAAAUGGUAGCAACCUUUUAUUAGCAAAAUCAUUUUGUGAGUUAAACUUUCUUCUCUAUUGUUCAAACCUUUUGGAGCCACUGGAAGAGUUUAGUAUAAGUUAAAGAAACCAGGCCAGCUCCUGAUCUACGGUACUUUUAUUGUAACUGUGGGGACAACACGAUGUAAAAUGGAUGUGACGGUAAAAAAGCUAAGUAGAACUAGAAAGACUUUCCUGAAAUGUUAAUUAUAAUUUGCCAAAUCCAGCAGCUAUAUAAACUCACACAUUGCUUAUCAUUUCAGCAUAAAAAUAUAACAUAUGUGGUUUUUGCCGGUACAAAGAUGUACAUUUUGAUACACAACUGUUUGAUAUACAACUGUACUUUAAGUAGACAUACAUAUUCAAAACAAAAUCCUAAUACGGAUGCAUUGAUGUGUGUGAUUGUGUGUUGGUACUUACACUGCUGUUCAUUACAUAUUGUUGAUAAUCAUAUAAUGCCUAUAUUGAUAUUACCAUGCUAUUGGACCUAACUGCAUUUGCACUUGCACUAUUAAGACUAAUAUUAAAGUAACUUGCUAGUGUUUAUUUUAUAUAAAAUAUAAGUCUAAAUUGUAUUUCAGCACAUAACUGUCUGUCUGUCCUAAUCUGUCGUCCCUCAGUUCCUCUCUGGCUGUGUUUACAUUACAUUACAGCCAGACACUAGUGAGCUAAAAGGAUUACAUAUCUGUUUGUCUGAACUGCCCUGUACAUCAUUGUUUUACAUUGUGUAUGUUAGAAAUGCUGCAUUAUGUUGUAAUGUUAUUUACAAUUGCCUAUAAUACUGAUCAAAUAUAAUGUAUAAUUUCAUAAUGUUCAAAUCUGGAUAACAACACAAUUGGAAAGAAAUCCGGAGGAUCAGUCUGCAGUCUGGAAAUGUUUACCUUUUUUUUCUUUUUCUUUAAAAAAAAAAAAAAAAAAAAAAAAUUUGGUAUGCAUAUUUUAACACAUUGUGUAGAACAACAACACAUUGUUCUGGGAUCAUGAUCUACACUCCAGUUUUCCAGGCCAGUGUUAUCAACAACAGAUAAAGAGUAACUGAAAACAUAAAUAAAUAAAAAUGAUUUGGGAUCCGA